AUAAUAAUAAUAAUUACCUCAUGAUCAUACCUCACAUAGCUUUAGAGAAGCAACGUCACUCAGCCUUAGCAUCUUGUUCUACCUUUUUUUUUUCCUUCCAUGCCUAUAAUUAUACUUAACUAAGAGCUAGCAUUUGCAUCAGGUCAAGGACAGAGAAAAACAGUAAACUGAAUGAUCUUCAAUUGAAGUUGGUUCUUGGAUAAAGAUAGAUAUGACGAAGAACUCUCUACAAAUAACUACAAGCGGUGGCGGUGCUUAUGAUGACGAUGGGCAUGCCAAAAGAACAGGGAAUUUAAGAAGUGCUGUAGCUCAUAUCAUCACUGCUGUUAUUGGUUCUGGUGUUCUGUCUCUGGCAUGGAGUACUUCUAGACUAGGAUGGAUUGGAGGGCCAGUUGCUUUGCUUUGUUGUGCAAUUGCCACCUAUAUUUCUUCAUUCCUCCUCUCGGAUUGUUACAGACAUCCAGAUCCUGUCAGUGGGAAAAGAAACUACUCAUACAUGGAUGCUGUUAGAAUCACACUUGGGGAGAGAAGGACAUGGCUUGCUGGUUUCCUUCAAUUUUUGGUUUUGUAUGGGACUAGUAUUGCAUAUGUGCUCACAACAGCUACUAGUCUGAGUGCUAUUCUGAGAUCAAAUUGUUAUCACGAGAAAGGGCAUCAAGCUCCUUGUAGUUAUGGGGGUAAUUUGUAUAUGGUGCUGUUUGGACUUGUUCAGAUUGUAAUGUCAUUCAUACCAGAUCUCCACAACAUGGCAUGGCUUUCGGUUCUUGCUGCAAUUAUGUCCUUUACAUACUCGUUCAUUGGACUAGGACUUGGCAUAGCAACAGUCAUAAAAAAUGGAAGAAUUAUGGGGAGUGUGACAGGAGUACCAGCUGCUAAUGUUGCUGAUAAAAUCUGGUCAAUUUUCCAAGCACUUGGGGACGUUUCCUUUUCCUAUCCAUACGCAAUUCUCUUUCUCGAGAUACAGGACACUCUAGAGUCCCCUCCACCAGAGAAUCAAACAAUGAAAAAGGCCUCCAUGAUGGCAAUCUUCAUCACAACAUUCUUCUAUCUCUGCUGUGGAUGCUUUGGAUAUGCUGCUUUUGGAAAUGCUACACCAGGGAACCUCUUGACUGGGUUUGGAUUUUAUGAGCCUUUCUGGCUUAUUGACCUUGCGAAUGCUUGCAUUAUGGUUCAUUUGGUGGGAAGUUAUCAGAUCUACAGUCAACCAAUAUAUGGUACUGCUGAUAGAUGGUGUUCAAAAAAACUCCCCAACAGUGACUUUGUGAACAAAUUCUACAGAGUGAAACUGCCUCUAUUGCCAAGUUUUGAACUGAAUCUUUUCAGAAUAUGUUUCAGAACAGUCUAUGUGAUUUCAACCGUUGGACUCGCAAUCGCGUUUCCUUACUUCAACCAAAUUCUUGGAGUGCUGGGAGCCAUAAACUUCUGGCCAAUGGCUAUAUAUUUCCCAGUGGAGAUGUACUUUGUGCAGAACAAAGUUGGAGCUUGGACUAGAAAAUGGAUUGUUCUCAGGAUAUUCAGCUUUGCUUGCUUUCUUGUGACACUAAUGGGGUUGGUUGGAUCACUUGAAGGAAUCAUACAUGAGAAACUUAAAUAGAUGAAAGAUUUAUGUCUUUCCACUGAAUAUUACACUGUCUGAGUCUGUAGAUUGGUUGCACAAUCUAGAUUGCUAGUGUAUUCCCCCGUCAGAUAGGGGGUUAAGUUAUUUAUAGUCGGGAUGCCUUUAUUUUAUUAAGGUAAAGCUCUGAAAUAAUAUAUGUUUUGCUCGAUGAAGAACUCCCUUCAUAGGAGAGAGUUCUAACAAAUUUGUGUAUUUUUAUCAAAAUCUAAGUUGAUGACAUUUUAAUCAAUGAUUAUACAA